GUUAAGACCUUGAAUAAACAAUAACAAACUGUCGCCAUCUUAUAUACCAAUGUAGACAUGAUCGGGACCUUCGCCUAUUUGACUUUAUUCAAUACGCGAUCUGAAGCGAGUCUUAAUAACGAUUCAUGGAUUAAAAGUCUAUAUUAUGUCUCCCAUUUCCCAAUAGAAGGAGUGACAAGUAGAGUAAUAACACUCUGUGGUAGUGAUUGUUACUAGUGAAAAGAAAACGACGUGUGCAUUGGAAUAGAGCAGAAAUGUGGUGUUAUACAUGACUUCAUAUUGUUUUGGAUACUAAUCAGAAACGGUAAGCGGUAGUCUGCAAUAUACAAUACACCGUCAUCAUGACGAUAACGAUAAAGGGGUUCGUAUGUGCCCCCACGUUUCACGUGGCAGCCGACAACUGCACCGUCUACGUGGCCAACGUGGAAGGCGCCAAUUUACAUACGAAUUUGAUUCAGGGAGUGACUUCUAUGUCGAGCAAUGGUCGAUUUUUUGAAGUGGAACUGCUUCAAGAUUUAACAGAUAAUUUUUUAAUGAUUGGAACGAACAGCGCUGCGGCGACCGGCAGCGGUCAAGUAAGGGCUGGUGCUGGCGUUGCACAACAAAUCAUGUGGAACCUUCAUCUCUCCAUACGUUACGCGUCAAAUGACGGUGGCAUUUAUACAGCUGGCUCCGGAUUGCGGAGCGAUCACGUGUAUGGGGUCAAAGGCGACAGAAUCACAGUCUACCUCGAGGAUAGUUAUCCCACGCGUUCCCUAAUCAAUUUCUUCCUCAAUGGGCGACUGGUGUUCCGCCAGUGGGUGGGAACCAACGGCUCCCAGCUCUACCCCGCCGUCGGCUGCAGCCAGGGACCAGCGACCUUUAAAGUCACGUGGCCUAGAUCGAACGCAGUUCCGGCUUUCAAUAUGCUCAACUUCACUGCCUCAUUGUUAAACUGGCUGGGAUACCGCAAUAUCGACCGGGAUGACGUCAACAACACUUUAACCAUGCUCGCUCACGACGACAAACCAAGAGCCGGAUAUAGCGUGCAGGCGCCUAGACCCCUUGAUAAAGACCACACCUACUUUGAAGUAGAACUUCUUACGACUAUGGAUGCGAACAUCGGUCCAUCCAUAGGCCUCACUCCCGGCUUCACAAGCAGAUACCAGUACCCGGGCUGGAAGUUCAACACCAUCGGGUACCAUUCAGACGACGGCAGGUUUUACAACGACUGUGGGGACAUGUACAUGACAGGGGAAAGGCUUGACACCAGUGUAAAAGUCGGCUCCCGGAUGGGUUGCGGUAUUGUGUUUGAGCCCGAUAGCCGUAGAACACACCGGGAAUCGCAACUGGUGCUCGUCUACUUCACGCGCGACGACGAGAUUGUGUAUAAGAAAGUGAGACUUUUACCGGAAGGUGGUUUCUACCCGACAGUUGGUUUGUAUGGAAAAGGCGAUACAGUGAAGGUCGUAAAUUCUACCAGUCCACCCUUCAUAUCUCCAAAUUUCCGGGACAUAUUCGAGGCGUGGCGUCCCGUCUAUUGCGACUUCAGGUUCAGUGAAGGGUUGCGAUAUUCCGACCUUUUGGUACAAGACCAUGGGAACACGGAGGAGAGUUGCAGCAUACUCGGAUACUGCACUCUGACUGUGAAUAGUGUUCAAACUCACUCCAUCCAGUGCCACCGAAAGUACGAAGACGAGUGCUUCUUUAAAGUCCGAAUUGAUAAACUGAGUGACGAGGGUGAAAUACAGAUAGGUGCAGCACAGAAAACAUUCGCAGUUCAUGGCGCCCUUUUACGACAACGAAAGCAGACGGCCAUGUAUUUUUCAAAAAACAAAGGGAACACAUUUCCGAUUUCGAAAGGGGAUUGCAUUCACGUUCUCAUCAAGAAGGAAGACCCAGGCACCAGCAAGAUCCACUUCUUAAUCAACAAUCACAUUGGCCACCGACUUGUGGUCAAGCACAAUUUCAGCGAACCUUUCUACCCAACGAUUUGCUUUACGGGAGGUGCAGCCACUAUCUCGGUCGCUUGGCAGCCACCAGACGGCAUUCCAUUUGCUCCGGGUGUGUUUACAGAAGAAGAAAUGCAGCAGACGGUGAACGGCGGGACGAUACAGUUUGUAGAAAGCAUGAUGAAACCAGAAGGAACCGAAACGAAACCGACAAAUGAUAAACUACCGGUAAUCAAGAAUACCCGAGCCGAUGAAGCUCCGGUAUUUUCACCAGCGAAUGAAGAGUGCAAUGAAACAGACCAGAUUCCUGGACCAGCGGUUUAUAACGACAAACAAGCAGUGCUUGGUAAAAACAAACGCGGUAAAAAUAAUAAAACCUCCAAAAGUGGUGCCUGUGCGAUGAUGUGAUACGCAGAGAUGGGGUAUUUUGAUAUUCAAACGAAGACGAUGUUUAUAAAUGACUUAUUAUGGAGUUUUUGAGUCAUAUAAAAAGUCGAUGUGGAUUGUGUACACGCCGAAUGAUCUUUACUUGUAUGAACAUAUAACACUUUGUCCGUUUUUUAGAUGUUUGCUCUUUAUAGAUGUGAUAUUUUUAGGCAAUUCCUACAUGUACAUGAUUGAAGUCCAUUUUAUCAUAAGUGUACAGUAAAUCAUAUUUACAACGAUAUAUUGAUUCAUCCCAGAGAAGUUUAACAUUAUUUAUUUACAUGUAGAUACACAUAGUACAAAAUUAGUUUUAUACACAUUUUAUAAAUGAAUAUGCAAUAUGUCUAUAUAUU